GCAGAGAGCGGUGAAGCAGCCCUGUCCUGCACACCAGAAGGGAUGUCAGAAGGGCCAAAGAGGGAGGACUGUGAAGCUGUUGGAAGAGCUUGCCCCUUCACUUGUCCAGCAAAGAUGAGCCUGUAAGGAAGCUGAAGGCAAGAAGAUCUUCCAGUCCACUAAGUACAUCCCAUCCAAGCCCCAAAACAAAGACAAACUGAAGCUACGUUACAGCUGGAAUUGUCCCAUCACCCAGGUUUUCUGAAGUUCUGGAAGUAGCAGGACGUUUGGUUGCUAGCUGACCUGGAACUUAUGCUCCACUUUGGAAAGAUCUGCAGUGGGAGCUGUUCACCUUCACAUACCCUGUAGUUUUCUUCCUCAGAAGAAAAGGAGUUGACCUGCGAGAGUGGUACAAGGUGACAAUGUAACAUAGGUGAUGCUGAAGGUCUCCUGAGAAGAACUGACCUUGUAAGAGGCUUCUCCUUCAUCUUCCUCUCCCCUGCCUUUUUUUUUUGUUUGUUUGUUUUUGAUAACUCCCCCUUUCAGUAUCUACAAGCAAGAUGCCAGCCAAGACGCCCAUCUACCUGAAAGCCGCUAACAACAAGAAAGGGAAGAAAUUCAAACUAAGGGAUAUCUUGUCUCCAGAUAUGAUCAGCCCACCACUUGGAGAUUUUCGUCACACCAUACACAUUGGAAAAGAGGGACAACAUGAUGUUUUUGGAGACAUCUCCUUUUUGCAGGGUAACUAUGAGCUAUUGCCUGGAAAUGAAGGAGAAACCAGAGUUAGCCAAUCUGAUGGCCACAGUGAAUUCUUAAGGGCAAACAGCACUUCUGAAUCCAUGUUUACAGAAACUCCAUCACCAGUGCUCAAAAAUGCUAUUUCCCUGCCUGCCAUCGGGGGUUCUCAAGCUCUGACGUUGCCCUUACUGUCCCCAGUGACAUUUAAUUCAAAACAAGAAUCCAUCAAGUCAUCAAGAAAUCCUAGGCUUAGCUGUGAGCCAGUAAUUGAAGAAAAGUUGCAGGAGAAAAGUAAACAGAUGGAGGAUGGAGAAUCAUACAAAGAUGACUUAUGGGAGCAAAAUGGUUCUUCCUCGCAUUUUUCUAAUGGUAGAGACAGUCACUCAUCCAGCUUUUCUGAUCGAUGCACUGAUUGGCAAACAGUUGAUUUAUUUGAUGACAGUCAACUUUCGUGUGAACUAACCAAGACAAAGUCAGAAGAAUCCCUUUCAGAUCUUGCAGGCUCUCUUCUCUCCUUACAACUUGACUUGGGACCCUCACUUUUGGAUGAGGUCCUCAAUGUAAUGGACAAGAAUAAAUCUUAGAGCUGGUACUCCUUGCUUUCUUGUAAGUGAUUCACUUAAACAAAACCACCAUCAACAAAAAACACCAUUCAAGAGUAGAGACACUUAAAAAUCAGCUGUAUUUGCAGUUGUUUGACGGGUUUUCUAAAAAUAUUCAUAAAGUACUAUUUUUUUACCUAUUGUUUUUCAUGAUUUUUAUUACACUAAAUUCUCAUAUCAGGAAGGUAAAUUUUAAUAACAAUUUUCAGCAAACAUAAAAUGUUUUUAAGUACCAGUAUAAUGAUCAGAAACUUAAGAAACAAAGUUUGAGGAUGAUACUGAUUGUGACAUUUGGUUAGUUCACUUCUACAGGCUUCUGAAUACAUGAGACUUUGUAAGUGUCAGAGAGGAGAUGGGUAUUAUUCACUCUUACAAACUAUUACAACAGCACGUUACAUGUAGGCCUCUUUCUAGAACCUUGUGUGGGGUCUUGAUUGUUGUUGUUUUUUUUUUCCCUAGUUCCAUUUCUGUUAUACCUUCACAGUAACUAUUUCUGCAGCCUUAUACUACCGCUCUAUAUUCAGAUGUGAACAAUUUGAAGGCUUUUUUUCAGCUUGAACACCUGGUCCAGAGUCGUGGCUGUUUUAAAUGAGUAUGCACAAAUUUACACAAGUUGAGGCUUUGGGCCUGAUAUUGUAUAUGAAAUGAUAUGUUGUAAACAGGUGACACAUGCAAGAUAUUAUGGUUAAAUUAUUUUAAAAGUUGAAAUAUAUUUUUUGCGUGUAUCUUGGCUUUUUACUGCAGAGCCUACACAUACAGUAUCUCAUCAAAAUAGUUGCUUGACAUUAUUGGUGCUCUUCUGAAAAUUGUAUAUUUGUGUGUUUGAAAAGAAAUAUGUAUUGAUAUUCCUUGCUUUUUUUCUUCAUUUAUUGCCACACAUGCUUAAACUUGCAACCGAUUAUUUUAACUCUUCAAGAAGGCACUGGUUAUUCACAACGCUUGUGAUGUGUGCUGCAACAGCCGCUGUUUUGGGAAAUGUGGAUCCUUUAAUACAGUACAUGGAUUGCAUAGAUAUCUUGUGCAAUACAAUAAAAAAAAUGAAAUCGC